GGGUCACACACAGGACCAAGCAGGAGCAGGAUGAUCUCAGCAUUUUGAUAUUUUACUGCAAAUGGAGGAACUCGAAGAUGUUCAAUACUGUUUUCAAGACAGAAAUUCUUCUUGCAGAAAGGCUUUGCCAUUGACUUCAAUUCACUCAGCAAUCUACUUAUUCAUCUCAGUGAUUUCAGCAGUUACAGUAUUUUUGAACAUACUGGUGAUUAUCUCCAUCUCUCACUUCAAGCAGCUCCACACUCCAACCAACCUACUCAUCCUCUCUCUGGCUGUGUCAGAUCUCCUGGUGGGAUUGAUUGCGUUACCAGUAACGACGGUAGCAAUAAUGGAAUCAUGCUGGGGUUUUGGGGAAUAUUUCUGUGUGUUUCAAUUCUACAUUACUUGUUUAUGUACUUCUUUAUCUCUGGGCAAUUUGGUCUUGAUAUCUAUUGACCGCUAUGUUGCUGUGUGUGAUCCCUUAUUGUACCACUCUAAAAUAACAAUAACAAGAACGAUGUGUUCUAUAUCCAUUAACUGGUGUUGUUGUAUCAUACACGAUGCUGCUAUUAUAAAAAACUUUGUAAAUGUACAGGUACCCAGUAGGUGUUUGAAAGAAUGUUUUAUUCUUGAAGGGUUCAAUUGGGUUAAUUUCAUUAGCCUUGUACUUAAAAUGGUUGUCCCUUGCGCUCUUAUUAUAACACUUUAUUUGAAAAUCUUUGUGGUGGCCAGAUCACAGGCCAGAAAGGUAUUUUCAAAAGAGGCUGGUGUUCAAACUGUACAGGAAAAUAAGUCUGAGAGAAAAGCAACAAAAACUCUUUCUAUUGUUGUUUUCAACUAUCUCAUUUGUUGGACUCCAUCUCCUGUUUCUUUCUUUCUAUCUUUUUUUGGUGAAAAUGUAUCAUCAUCCAUCAUCUGCUUUCUGCCACUUGUUAAUUCCUUAAUUAAUCCAAUAAUUUACGCUUUCUUUUAUCCAUGGUUCAAAUUGACAGCUAAACUUAUUAUAACUCUGAAGUUUAGGCGUUCAUAGUUCCUAUGUUUUUAUUCCCCAAUUUGACAAACAGGUUUGAUAUGGUUUUGUCAUACAAUUGUUGUAAUUGCUUCUUUCAUGUAACAAUACUCUUUCAAUACUUGUCUCUGUGUUGUUAUCAUAGAUACAUGUGGUGUUGAUACAGAAUGAUUUGGGUGGAUUGGAAUGACUAGGAGAAGGCAUAAGAAGCCUGAAUUUGUCAGGAAAUGGACUCUACAAGAUGUCGAAAGUGUUCCACAGGGAUGCCGGCCCAUAUUGACUCCAAUCCUUUGUGCUGUGGGUGACUGACCGUUCUUGAUACACAGGAAAUUGCUGUGUGUGAAAAACACCGUUGCCCUUCUUGACACACUCAAAACCAAUUUCCCUGGCACCUAGUACCAUACCCCUUUCAAAGGCACUGAAAUAUUUUGUCUUGCCCAUUCACCCUGUGAAUGACACACAU